GCCGUUGGUGGUGGCGAGGCCGGCGGGCACGGGGCCGCCAUGGAGGGCGGCGGGAAUUCCAAGGGCACCGGGCUCGGCGGCCUCUUCGGCGCCGGCGGGCUCGGCUACUCGCACGCCGACCUGGCCGGGGUGCCGCUAACUGGGAUGAGCCCUUUGUCACCGUAUUUAAACUUGGACCCCAAGUACCUAGUACAGGACACAGAUGAGUUUAUCUUGCCCACAGGAGCCAACAAAACUCGAGGCAGAUUUGAGCUGGCUUUUUUUACCAUUGGAGGAUGUUGUAUGACAGGGGCAGCAUUUGGUGCACUGAAUGGUUUGAGACUUGGCUUGAAGGAGACACAGAAUAUGGCAUGGUCAAAACCUAGAAAUGUACAAAUUCUAAAUAUGGUGACAAGGCAAGGAGCGUUAUGGGCUAACACUCUGGGAUCACUGGCUCUGCUUUACAGUGCAUUUGGAGUCAUCAUUGAAAAAACACGAGGUGCAGAAGAUGACCUGAACACUGUAGCUGCUGGAACCUUGACAGGAAUGCUAUACAAAAGCACUGGUGGAGUGCGCGGGAUAGCGCGAGGUGGGAUCGCGGGUCUGACGCUGACUGGCCUCUACGCCCUGUACAACAACUGGGAGCACAUGAAGGGCUCCCUAGCCCGGCAGUCCCUGUGAGCAGGGCAGAGGACACGCUUGCUUAGUCACCUAUCAAAUCAGUUGUGAGAUCUAUCUGGUGCCCCUUGCUAUUUUAUUUACAAUUAGUGUGAAACUGAUGGAAGCUGUGCGGGGAGGAACCUCUUGACACUGUGUAGCUGGACUGGCCCUUCCCACCAGCCAAUUGCUGGAGAGGCAACAAUAUUUGUUGGACCUGCAAGUGAACAGAGUGGCCACUGAGACAAAGUCUCCCUGCCAUGCUCCCCAAGCAGCCCUGGUCAGAGCUGCUGGGCGUGCUGGGCCCCCAUAGCUGCUCCUGCUCGCUGCCAGGUUUGUUGGGUGCCUGUAAGGUCUGUGUCCAUGGAGUAUUCCCUGCAGUCCCAGCAGCCAUGGCACAGUCAGGGCUUGCUAUUCUGGCAGCACAAGGCAAGCUAGCAAAAGGGACAUCAUCAGAAUAAAAAGGGUGGUACUUGCUCAAUA